AUGUUUUACACAGCCUUGAAUUUGAAACUGUUAUCACUUGCCGUUUGCCUGCCCGGAAAAGAAAGCCUCUUCGAGCAGCCUACCAAGGCUAUGGCGAUCCCAUGGCCAAAAGCCCAAUCAAUGAGGGACGGGAAGAGCGAAGAAGAAACGCAACAAACAACGUGCUGGCGACACGAUCAGCGGUUCGCUAGCGCGUUCGUCACAGAGGGAGUGCGCUGUAAUACCGACCAACCUACCAGCUACAAAAACCUUCACACCCCUAGCUCCCCCGAAUUUGUCCCCAGUGACGUAUGA